CUAAGGGAGCAUCUCUUUAAACUACAAAGACUAUCCCUUCUAGUCAGCGAGCCGGAGGAUAUUGGAGGCUUGAUCCGGUGCGAGUAUCACUCCGCGGAGCAAAUCUCUCGCAGUGAGGAAGGCGCGAUCAGCGCCCUCUGCGGCCAGGGUGUACCGCGAGCACGAGCCCAGAGGAUCUACUAUCACGCUCUGCGAGUGACCAGACGCAAUGAGUCUCUCUGCUUUGAGGCUCUGAAGGCGCGCGGAACUGGUGGGAAAAUGGAUCUCACUCUAAACCCAGUUCAAAGCUCGACGCCGUCGGGGAGCAUGGACGUCAAUCUGAGCACUAUCUUCGGGGUGGACAGUAUGGGCUGUGAAGACUGUGCCUCUGUGACAGGACCAGCGGCAUUCUUCGUGGACAUCAUGCAGUCGCUGCGGAAGAUUGAGUUGGAGGACUCCACAAUGCUUGAUCUACUUCUCCAACGCCGACCAAACCUGGGGGACCUACAGCUUUCAUGCGCCAAUACAGAGAUCUUGAUCCCCUAUGUCGACCUCGUGAAUGAGAUCUUGGAGUCGGUGAUUUGGGGCCUGGAGACGAAUGAGCCGAAAACCGAGAUAUCAGUCCCGCGAUAUGACAUGGAUCGAUCAGACACCAGUGGCCAAUGCAUUGAGCAGCCCCAGCACACAAACCUUGACCUGUAUAGCCAGAUUGUGCAAACUAAGGUAGCACCGCUGUUUGCUUUCCCUUACAACCAAGCCAUUCAUAGCAUUCGAACCUUUUUGAAUGUCCUCGGGACAUCACGCCGUCAACUGCUCGAUGCUUUCCAGCCCCCGUACAAUACAGGGGCAAACAUUCCGAGAACCACUGAUGGAGGCUAUUCUGAGGCAUGCGUUCGCGCUCAAGCCGCGGAAGUGCUCAAUUUACAGCACGAAGAUUUCGUGGCGAUUACGAAGGAAGGGUUCUACCCAUUUAACCUUGCGGAAGCUCCACCUGAUAGCCCCCAAAGUCGAGACGACUACAAUGGAAGGAUUGGCCUCAGAACGGCCAGCCAGUAUUGGGGCUAUGACGAUGAUGGUACCAUGACUUCGGAGAAUGGACUGACCUCGAUCAAAGCGCAACUCUUACCACGAAGUGGCAUGAGCUUUGAUGAAAUUUUGACUCUAUUGCACACGAAAUAUCUCGACAAGAGGUUGGUCAUCGAGAUCCCCAAUAGUAGUGCGACUACAGCUGGCUCACUUCCAGGGCUUGAAUACAUAGGAAGCGAGUUGCAGUGGCCAUUGGUGAAAGACAUGUCUGGCACAGCAAGUUUGCCGACAGAUGAAACAUGCGACCGAGUCCAAGCGUUCCUACGUUUGAGGAACAAGCUCAAGUGGUCAUUCCAGGAGCUAGAUGCAAUGAUCGACACCCUUUCUACAGUGAAACCCCCAACCAUUGAUGCUUUGCUCUUGACCCAGGUGGCUGCCGUGCAAAAGUUGUCGGAAAUUACCAAGCUGCCACCUAUCAAUCUUCAGCCUCUCUGGGGCAAUUUCAACACCCAUGCCUGUGAAUCGCUCUACAAUCGACUAUUCCUCGGUCGACGCCUCUCGGAAACCGAAAGAGAAGCUUUCACGCCGGACGAGACGGGCGCUCUAAGACCUGGUGAGCAGCUGGAGAGUCUCCUGCAUGCGAUUCUUGUCGCGUUUAGCAUUUCCGUCGUGGAGUACGAAGCAAUCAAGGCAGCCGUGGAUAUGGGCGAUAAUCCGGAUCUCAGUAUGGAGCACCUCUCGGAGAUCUAUCGCGUUGCUACUUUGUGCAAAGUCUUGGGUUUCUCGCCAGUGGACUACACCAGGUUUUGUAAUCUGCAUCCUACUUUCCAGAGCCCAUUCCAAUCUCCGCGGACUACCCUCCAGGUGGUUCAAGGCUAUCCUCCUUUGAAGCCAAUAACCAAGGACUGGACUCUUGGCGACUUAUCGUUGGUUGUCAACGGGGAUGCGAGUGCGACUGAUACUAGGGACCUUUUAAGCGUUGAUAAGUGCCUUGACCUUCUCUCAUCGCUACGAGCGAACGAUGAGAACCAUGGUCAAGCAACGAAGUUCGCGGCUCUUGGAGCGCGAGACGAGCCCCAUCCCCGAAGCCAUCAGUCCAUACUAAACACGCUACGUACUCACUUCGCCAGCUUCGACAUGGCUGCGCUUGUGGUGGUUAUGGCUCAGAAGUCAACGUCCAGUCCAAAGACUUAUAUGGAAAUACUGGUCGACCUAUCCGUGACUGCCAGCCCUGACGGAGACAACUUUGAAGGCUACUUCCGAGCGCCGGCCACAGAUACGUAUCGCAUAGCCUGCAAAGAAGGGACGACUCCAGAAGUCAGCAACCUUGCCCAAUAUAACCUGCUUAAAAAAGAGUCUGAGCAGAAGCACGCGUCGAUGCCGCUAACCUCAUUCUAUCACUGGGCUUUCUCCAAAGACAAGAAGGACGAGUCACUAGCCGUUCAGAUCUCGCAAACCACUGGAUGGUCUGAAAAGCUAUGCACCGAGUUUCUGGAUGCCAAAUAUGCCCAAGUCUCAGAAGGGGACCGCAUCAAGCACUUCCAGAACAUAAGCAGUCUGUUUGAGAUGCGAAAUAGCAUGAAUUUUGUCACCAGUGCUGGGCUCCAUACUAUCCCCUUCAAAUCACUUUUUGACAUGGCGCGACCGCGAUACCCCAACAUUUCCAUUGACUUUCAGGAGGCUGCGAGCAUCAGGGCAGGGGCACAGUCCAGAGCACCGCUUGGGCCCUCUGAUGGGAGUGCUACCGCUUUGUCGACAGCAUUCGAUAUCAUGCGUGACAGUCAGAGGUCGGCUCUGGUGCAGUACCUUGCCUCCAUGAAAGCCGCGCAAACCCUCGGGAUUUCCUCGACCGAUCAGCUCUUGAGCUACUUCUUGAUUGACGUGGAAAUGGGAUCAGGCUUGCAAACCUCGCGGCUUAAACAGGCAAUCUCAACUGUGCAGCUUUUUAUCCGUCGUUGCUCUUUAGGGCUAGAAGGAAGUGAAUGCCAAAGACUGAUCAUGACGCUCGACCUUGAUUAUGUCCUCCGAUACCGCUUAUGGGAGGCAAGCAGGAAGGCUUUUCUAUAUGCAGAGAACUGGCUAGACCCCACGUUGCGGGACGACAAGAGCGAGCAGUUCCAGCAGCUGGAGUCGGCUAUUGUGCAGGGCAAGGUCGACAGUGAAACAAUCACUACCAUCGUCAAAGAUUACAUCCACAAAACCUCAGAGGUUGCCAAUUUGAGGGUUGAGUCGUAUGCCCUGGAAAUCGAAGAGGAUGAAGUCCAUCACACUAUCCACAUCCUUGGUCGAGACCGAACUUCGCCACCUUCCUUCUAUUAUCGUACAGUUAGGAUACCCACCAAUUCACUUCAAGCCCCGGUUUGGACGCCUCUCUGGACUCCCUGGACUAGGUUGACUGCAGAUAUUCCUGUGCACGCGACCGACCAUCGGGGCCUCAGGCUGGACCGAUCCGGAUCAUAUCUAGUCCCCAAGAUCCAUCAGGGUGUUCUGUAUGUUUUCCUGCCAGAGUUGGUCCCUCAACAGGAGAACACCUAUGAGCCAAGUAGCGUACAGCCGGGCAGCUCCGGCAAUGACGACGUUGGGACGGUCAACGUUACUCGCCAGUGGCACAUUCGGAUGGGCUUCAUGAAGCUUCAGAACCGCAAGUGGUCUCCCAGGGAGGUGGCAGAUUCCACCAUCAUUGUCCCAGCCGGGUCUGGGGACGAGAGCCAAGAAUCUCCCAACAACUCGCACUUUAAAUUCUGGAUUCCUUAUGAUGAAGGGGGUAGCUUGAAGAUUGACGUCGAAUGGAUCAAGUCUCUCGACCCACGCCCACAACCUGUGACGUUGGGUACGUUCGAAGUCAGGGAUCAGCAUCUUGUGCUCCUGAAUAAAGAAAGCUAUCCUACCUCGUCACUCAAGGUAAGUACUCAGACGGGGGAUGAAGGCCAAACCAUCUUCACCGAAUUUGUUAAAUUCCGUAAGCCUAAGCAGACGAAUCCCCCCCCGCCAGUGGAAACUUCCAUCAACCAUGGCGGGGCUGAGAUCAAUGUUCGCCUGGCGCAACUCCCAUCCCAAUCCCAAAGCUUUAUUCCGGAGUGGACCUUGGAUUUCAAUUAUCCUUUCAAGGGACAAGUCACGGGGCUCUUUCUCGAGCUCUCUGACACGACGACUCAGAAGCACUACGUGGACUUGGAGGUGAUUCAUGGUUUCGAACUGACGGAGUUCAUGAACCGGUUCUCGCCCGGCUUUCUUGCGAGCAUGAAGACCAACAAUGGGAUUGACACUUUGUAUGACCACAUGCGCAACAUCGGAGCGGACGACUAUCAAAACGCCUUUGGUCAAUGGCAUGACCCCUUCGAAGCAGAGCCCACUGACCGUUACCACGAGGGUGCGAUGCCAUUUGCCCUAUACAACUGGGAGAUUGGGGUGCAUAUCCCCUCCCUCCUCUUCGAGCAUUUGCUCAGCACGCAGCAACUCGACCUGGCAUUGAAAAUCGCGCGUCUGGUGUUCGACCCACGCGUCCCCAGCCAGAACAACGCAGACAUCAAUUGGUGCUGGUCAUUCCCACCGUUCCGCGAAGAUAGCGUGCGCUUGGCGACAGUGGCACAUGUCACUGGGGAGACUAGCUUCAGCGAGGACGAGUACCGCGAGAGUAAAGGGAACGUGCAUGCCGCUGCGCGCGCCAACCCGGUCGCGUAUAUGAAGCGCAUAGCCUUCAAGUACAUCGAGUGCUUGCUGGCAAUGGGCGACCAAUACUUUCGGCAGGAUACGUUGGAAAGCAUCCCGUUUGCGAUCCAGAUGUAUACAGAGGCCAGUCAGCUCUUCGGUCCCCCGCCAGUGGAGAUUCCCCAGCUGGGGACGCGAGUAGUCAAGUCAUAUAACGACAUCAAGGAUUCCCUGGAUGACUUCUCCAACGGCCAGGUCGAUCUGGAGGUGGAAUUCCCAUUCUACGCAGAUCCAGCCAGCCGUGGCCGGAGGUGCCCGGCCAUCCAGCCCCUUGCCACUAGCCUCAAGACUCCGUACUUCUGCUUUUCUGGCAAUCCGUAUCUUCAGAGUUUACGGUCCCUGAUUGAUGAUCGCUUGCUCAAGAUUCGUCACGGUAUGGAUAUCAACGGGACCAAGCGCCGGCUGCCCUUGUUGGAGCCAUCGAUCGAUCCGGGGGCGCUGAUGCAAGCAUUUGGUGCCGGGGGGUCGGGGAUUGCAGGCCUACUCGGGGACUUCAGCGGACCCAUGCCGAAUUACCGGUUCUCUUACCUCCUCCAGAGAGCGUUGGAGCUGGCGAGCGAGCUCAAGUCGCUGGGGCAAAAGGUCCAAACCAUCAAGGAGAAGAACGACGCCGAGGCCCUUGCGCAGCUGAGACUGACACACCAGCAAUCACUUCUCAGUCUCGCGAGUCGCGUGAAAGAGCAUCGGACGGCCGAGGUCCGGAAAACGACGGACAGUCUGACCGCUAUGCGUCAGCAGCAGGUCAUGAAACUACAAUACUACCUGCGGCUCACGGGAGACGAAGCCCAGAUUCCGAAACAGGGCGACAGCUGGCACGAGGUUGAGCAGGACAUCAAGCCUCCUUCGACGGACGAUCUGCGCAAGUCCCCCGAAGAUGCCGCGCGCGAUGCUGCGCUCGAAGCCAUGCUGCCCAUCAAGGUCACCGAGCGCGUCACACACACCACAGCGGCUGGCUUCCUGGCCAUGCCUAAGGAAAGCGUCAUGACCCUGCCGAUGGGAAUUGGCGUCACCACCGAAAUCCCGACGGAGAAUGUGGGGAAAGGGCUCAAGGCGAUGGGGGCGGCCUUUGGGAUCGGGGCGGAUAUCCAGGGCAUCCAGUCGCAACUGGCGGCGCGCAGCGCCGAUGCCAAACGGCAGCUGCAGGACCGUCGGCUGCAGGCCAACAUUGCUGGCUACGAGAUUAUGAAGAUUGACCGGCAGAUCCAGGAGGCCAGCCGUCGUCUGGACACAUUGAAUGCGGAGGUGGAGUCCCAGCAGCACGAGAUGGAGAGUUCGAUGGCCGAGGCCCAGUGGCUGCGCACGAAAUAUACGAAUCAAGAGCUGUACCGUGUGUUCGACCGCUCGAUGAGCACCGUGUUCCACCGCACGUACCUCCUGACGAUGGAUCUGGUCAGGCUGGUGCAACGGGCGCUCGACUUUGAGUUUGGUUCCUCGCUGGAUAUUUCCACCACUGGCGACCUGGAUGCGUGCUGGGAAAACGCGCAGGACGGCCAGACCUGCGGCGAGAUCAUCUACCUCGAGCUCAAGCGUCUCGAGACCUUGUCCCUGCAGAACAAGACCCACGAUUUUGAGGUCCUGAAGACCGUCUCGCUGCGUGAACUAGACCCCAAAGCACUGCUCUCUCUAUGCGAGACCGGCGUCGCCCAGUUCGACCUGCCGGAGACCAUAUCCGACCUCGAUUUCCCUGGCCACUUCCGCCGCUGGAUAUGCUCGGUGGCUGUCUCGGUGCGCUGUCGCUCGCCGGCCCCGAUGUCGCUGUCCUGCACCGUCACCCUUCUGGCAAACCGGUACCGUGUUUCCAGCGACGCCAGUAACUACCGCUCGCCCGGCCGGGUCGUAGCCCCGGAUAACAUCCCGAUCCAGUCGAUCGCCGUGAGCAGGGGCACCAAUGACACCGGCGUUCUGGACCUUCGCUUCCGCGAUACGAACCACCGAUACACCCCGUUCGAAGGCGCAGGGAUCAUCUCCACCUGGCGGAUCGAGUUCCCGAGUGCGAUUCGCACGUUUGAUCUCCGGGGGAUUACGGAUGUGGUCCUGGAUAUCGGGUAUACCGCUGCCGACGGCGGCGGGGGGUUGCGUGAGGCCGCGACUGAAGCGGCGAGACAGACGCUGCAGGGCUCCGGGGAGACGCUAUCGGAUGGCACGCCUGUGCCGUUCUACGUGGGGAUCGAGUUGCCGCGGCUUCCCGCGGGAAAUGGGACCCUGGAGAUUGAGCGCGUGAAGGACCGAUUCCCCUUCUGGGCGCGCGAAGCAGGAGUCGUGGUUCGCGCGGCGUGGCUGUAUCUGAAGCCCGGGCUGGGGUCCGAGGACAUGGCGGCAGCGCUGGAGGAUACAGGGUCCAUCAUCUCGGUAAAUGGCAGUGCAAUGGCUAAGGCGCCUGCGCUGGGUCAAUAUGCGGUCUGGGAGGCGGCGGGUGUCCAGUGGAAGAAUACUUGGGUUGUGGAGGGUUUGCCUGCGGCUUCGUGGGUUCCGGCGUGGUUGGUCGUUGACUUCUAUGUGCAGGGAAUAUAG